AUGCCAAAACCGAUCGUAACAACCGAAGAGGUGGAGACAGAAGACCUUCCAGAAGAAGAAGUCACGGGACAUUCAGAAGUGACUGAAGUUAAACCAGAAGUGACUACAGGCUCGGAUAAACCAGAGAAAGUUGUCAAGAGCACUAGUGUAAGUGUCGAGGUUGAUAAGCCAAAGGCUGAAGAACCGAAGGAGGAACAGCCUCCAAAAGAGGAGGAAAUUGUGGAAAGUGUCAAGAAGGAGAAAGAAGCGUCUCCACUUGCUCCAAAGGAGCCGCAAGAAGAGGUAUUGGAAAAGGACAAGGAAUACGCGUUCAAAGUAGGAGUGAAAGGCAAGCCGGGUGAGAAACGUAAGAAGACUGAGGAUAGUGAAUCAGAAGAAGAAAUUCCAGAAGCAUCAGAACCUGUGAUAGAAACACCCAUCGAAGCUCCAACUGAACCAACCGCUCCUCCAUCCCGCCCGAUUAAUGUUCAUGCUGAAGCUUAUCCGAAAAAGGCACCCAGCCAAUCACAGUCGAUUGAGUUGUCGUGGGAUCAACCUGAUGGAAGUCCGACAGAUGAAUUCAAAAUUGAAGUGAGACCGAAGGGAACUGACACUUGGAGCGAACGCGAAAUCAUAGUCGCACCUGAUAGGAAGGUUUCUCUAAAAACAGACAACCUAAAGGAAUACACGGAUUAUGAAUUCAGAAUAACUGUAAGAAAUAAGUCCGGUGAAAGUGAGCCUUCUCAACCAUCCAAUCCUAUACGACUUGGAAUACCAUUAGAAUUUGUACGCGAGUUACCUGAUAUCGUAGUAACGCAAGCACCAACCGAAGAUGAACCGAUUGUCUUCGAGUGUGAAUUGUCAAGACCUUCAAGAGAAAAAGUUGAAUGGAGAAAAGAUGGAAAGGUGUUGCCAAGGCAGUUGACUAAGCAUAUCCAUGUAACCGAGGAAAAGGAUGGAACAGUACACCGAAUAGUGUUCGACGACGUCAAAGAGGAAGAUACGGGCGAUUAUACCAUUCAAGCCGAAGAAGUCAUAUCAAAGGGCAAAAUGGAA